UUGCUCAUAAUUCUCACAGAAUUCCUUAUUUUCUAGCCAGAUACAGUACUGAACUGGUACAGCUCAGGGAAUGGCUACCAACGAUGCAGAAGGAACAGACGUGAACCAUCAACCAUUAGAGUUGGAAAGACAUGAAGAAGAUUCAUCUGAGGUUAUUGAACCUCUAGAGGAACAAGAAGAACAAAGAAACUCUAAAACGAUAAAGAGUCGUAUAAAAGGAGGGGAAGAAACUGUAGGAGAUGCCUCUCGUCAUGCACUGUCCUCAUCUCAGGAAGCACCUUACAGAAAGAUUUACCGGAGUCUAUCUGCAAGACUUCCUAAAAGUGCUUCAAAAAAAAAGGAAGAAUCCAAGCCUAAUGAUGGAGCAUUCUUUUCAAGGUUAGCUCUUGCUUUACAGAGAAAAGCUCUAAAGCUGACUUCUCAUCAUAAACAGAAUAAAGUACCUGUUACUGAACCUCCACACAAAGAAGAACCAUCAACAUCAAAAGAAGCACCUGAAGGUGAAGUACGACUGCGAGAAAAACGAAUUCGGAGACCUCGACCAAUAAGCUUUGGUGAAGAAAUUCCUGUUGGUAAGGAAGUGAUUCGGUUUAUUGAUGACAGUGGAAGUGAAAUAUCAAGUGAAAUUGAUCUGUAUCAAUAUAUCACAGUCAGGAAAUGGGAGAAUGGUGAAGAAGACAGUGGUCUUGAUAUUACAUCCAAGAAAACAGAAGAUAAACAAGAAACUCAAACAGGCAGGAGAUUGGAGAAUGGUGAAGCAGACAGUGGUCUUGAUAUUACAUCCAAGAAAACAGAAGAUAUACAAGAAACUCAAACAGUCAGGAAAUGGGAGAAUGGUGAAGCAGACAGUGGUCUUGAUAUUACAUCCAAGAAAACAGAAGAUAAGCAAGAAAAAAGACAUGAAACUCAAACAUUGAUGACAGAGCCCUCUAAUAUUUUACAAACAGCUUCAGAGAAAGAGGUAAAACAUGAAACUCAAACAUUAGUGACAGAGCCCUCUAAUAUUUUACAAACAGCUUCAGAGAAAGGGGUAAAACAUGAAACUCAAACAUUAGUGACAGAGCCCUCUAAUAUUUUACAAACAGCUUCAGAGGAAGAAGAAAAACAUGAAACUCAAACAUUAUUAGUGACAGAGCCCUCUAAUAUUUUACAAACAGCUUCAGAGAAAGAGCUAAAACAUGAAACUCAAACAGUAGUCACAGAGCCAUCUCAUAUUUUACCAAAGCUUUCAAUCAGAACUAGCUUUAAAGAUAAAUUCUUUAAGCCAUUGUUUAAAAGAAAAUCUUCACAAGCAGAUGAUAUUUCUUUAGGAACAGAAGCAUGUAAACAAGACACAAUGAUGGCAAGUGAAACAUUGAGCUCAGUACCGAAGACUUCGUCAGAUUCAUGUUUGAAAAAAAAAUUGAAUGUUUCAGAACAUUUUAUGAGAAUGGGCAAUCGUUUAAAACCUUGGAAAACAAAGGAAGAGCAAUCAAGAACAGAAAUUACAUUUCCAAAAAAGAAACCUCGAAAGAAAAACCAAAAGAAACCAGUGGUACUUCAAGAACCAUUUUCAUUAAAAGAUUCACAGUUUCAUAAAGAAGGAUCUGAAGUUUCUGCUGGACAUGUACCUCCCUCUUCAUCUGUCCAUUUGUUUAAUUCUGCACAAAUGCCUUCUGAAGAAAAAGAUUCAUCAUGUUUUGAUACGAGUUAUUCACAUUAUUACGAAGUUAUAGAACAUUUGGAAGAGUCCAAAAAUAAAGAAACGGUUGAAAAAUAUCCAUUAUUAUCAGAAUUAGUUAGUGAUGACAAGAAUAGUCUUGAUAUAGAACACACCAGUGAAGGAAUCCAAGAUAAUACAUUAUUAGAAAAAUAUAUCACUGCUGAUAAUUUUCAAGAUAAUGUAAGACCAGAUAAUGAUAAGAAAGAACUUAUUAUGUCAGUAGAUGAAAGAAAACAAGCUAAAGAUGUGAAAGAAACCAUAGUUAUGGAGAAGCCAAUAGAAGACAUAGAGGAAGCUAAAGAUGUGAAAGAAACCAUAGUUAUGGAGAAGCCAACAGAAGACAGAGAGGAAGUUAAAGAUGUGAAAGAAACCAUAGUUAUGGAGAAGCCAACAGCAGAAGAAAAUGAAGCUAAAGAUAUGAAAGAAACCAUCAUUAUGAAAGAUUCAAUAGAAGAAGGAAAAGAAGCUAAAGAUGUGAAAGAAACCAUAGUUAUAGAGGAGGCAAUAGAAAAAGGAGAAGAAGCUGGAGAUACGAAAGAAACUACUGUUAUGGAUAAGGUGAUAGAAGAAGAAGCUAAUAAUUUGAAAUAUAUCAUGCUUAAUGAGAACCUAGUUGAAAAAGAACUAAGUGAAGAGCUGAAACAUAUUCAGCAUGAUCAGUGGAUUAGAAGAAAAUAUUUCCUUCCCAAAUCUUCUAAACCUGGUGUUCCACCACGUUCAAAAAAACCUAAAUCUGGUUGGCAUGCUUUUCCUCAAAUUUCUAUUGAAGAUAAAGCUAAAAUCCUGCCUAACAGAACAGCAAGACCUGUAAGUCCAGUCGAUAAAACAACAAGAUCAGUAAGUCCAGAACUUAAAACUAGAAAACCAGGUAGUUUCAUGGAAAGAUCAGUGAGUCCCGUUAGUAAACCAGAGAGAUCAACUAGCCCUUCUUAUAGUACAGAAAGAACAAUUAGUUCUUCAUAUAAAUCAGAGAGAACACCAAGUCCCGUAAGCAAGAAGGAUAAUGAAGAACCAGCAAUUUUGAUCUCGUCGGAUGUUAAACCUAUCCGACCCCUGCGACACUUUAUACCACAAGUUAAUCUAGAUAAGUAUACCACUGCUCAGAUCGAAGCAAGUACUUCUUCAGGGGCUGGAAAUCAUUUAUCUGAGGUCACAGGUUAUGAUGAAAUUAUUAACAGUGAUGACAACAACUUAGUUGAAAAUUCUGGGGAGUCUCUUCUUGCUGUUGAUUCAUCUCCAGGGUUGGCUGAUAAAGAAGUUUUGGAAGAAAAACAAAAGUCAGUCAGUUUUGAGGAAGAUGUAAAGUGGAGAACUUAUAAAACUACAAGUGGAAAAGAAAAAAAGAGGCCUCAUACAGUGAUGUGGCCUUUUUCUUUCAAGACUCCAUAUUUGGAAAAGUUUCAGAAGUUUUCAACUACAGUUUUAAAGCCUUCAACAUUUCCUCAUUCAUCAUCAAAAAAGAAAACACCCCCUCAACGCCCACCUCCACCAAAAAUAAAGCUAAAGGAUGCAGCUGUUCAAUAUGAGGAAAAUGAGUCACAACAGAGUCAUGAUAAUUCCCUAACUAUGGAACCAAAAGUAGAAGUUAAAUUGUUAUCAGUUGAAAGCGAAAAGAAGAAUGUAAAAAUAGAAGAUCAAAUCACUGAACAUCCUAAUGUCGAAGCAUUCCCAAACAGUGAAGGAAAGGAAGUAUUAUCAUAUGAUCAUGGUACAAAUGAACAAAUCUCCAGAUCUUCUUCACAAGAAAGACAAACAAUAGGCACGUCGGAGAAAGAGGACAAAGAGGUAGAUGAUAUAUUAUCGGAUAGCGUGAGUAAAGAGACUGAUUUAAAAACUUUGUUGGAAGACAAAAAUAAAGUUGAAAAUGCUUUCAUAAAAAAUACGAGUGUUUUAAAAUACUCUAAACCUCAAAGACCACCUCCUCCUGAUUAUAGUUCUCUUAAAAAAAAAAUCAGUCCAAGUCCACAAAUACCUAGAUCUAUCUCCCCAAAGUCCAUGGGAGAAAACCUAUUUCAGGAAACUAAAUCCGUUUCUCCCACUGUUUUAAAAACAGGAAGACAGCCAAACCCGCCACCUCGAGCAAAACGACAGCGGUCAAAAACAGUAGAAAUUUCAAAAGGAGUAUGGAAAAAAGAUGAAGCAAAAGUUAUUAGAAGCCAAUCAUUUGAUAAACAUGAUAUCAAAAAAAAGAGUAAAUCUCAAGAUAAAACAUCUACAAAUGAUCUGAUACUUAAAUCAUUGUAUACACAAGUUCAAAAGGUACCAGGGUCAAUGAAAUUCUACUCUAAUGUAGAAAAUGGUAAGAAACUUGAUGAAUAUCCAAAAAUGAAGUUUGGUGUACUUCGUCCACCUCCUCCUCCACCUCGUUAUAAGCCAAAAAUAAUUCUUUCUCAAGGUGAAAAUAGUCAAAACAUUGAUCCAACUCAUGCUGGUGACAAGUGCUCAUCAGGAUUGAAAGAAAUAGAGUUUGAGACAAGUGUCAAAGAGCAUGCAGAAAUAGCAGCAUCUGUGGAAUUACCAUUUACCCAAGAUGCUUCAGAAGAAAGCCAGGUAAAGGUGAAAACAAAGCCUGCUGAGACAAACCUGACAUCAUCUGAACAAUCAGAAGAGCUGUUAACAAAGGAGAACCACACGCAUGAACUUCAUUUAGAGAGACUCAAACCUUCUAACAGUUUCUGUGAUACAGGGAAAGACAUGAAUAUUGAAAAUCAUCAGCACCAAUUUCAAGAAACAGGAGACAGUAAGGUUCAAAUACCUGAUGAGGAGUCAAAGUCAAAAUUACAAAAUCCAAAGGACGAGGGAAUCGGGCCAUAUAUUGUAGAAGAAAUUUCAGAAACAAAAUUGUAUGAUGAAAGUUGUUUUCCAGAAUGUGUUAAAGAGGAUGAAAAGAACUUUCAUCAGAGUUCUGGAGAUGGUGUUGAUGAUACUUUAUGCAUCUCUGACAGUAAAUGGACUUCAAGUUUAGGUUCCACUCAGAAACACAUAAAAGAACGAACUGAGGAACACAAACAGCACAGAGCUUCACAGUUGUUUUCUGAUGUCCCUGAAGCUAAAGAGGAUGCUAAAACUGAUGACCUGUCAUAUCCAUCCUCUGAUUGUAAGGAAAAAUCAUUAAACAAAACAAGAGUUGAACAAAGGGACUUGAGUAAGCUUGAUGAAGAUUUUCAAGAGAAACUAAGACUUAUUCUGGAGAAACACACACAAAAAGGACAAAGUGAGGUUGGAAAAGAUAAAAAUGUGUACGGAGAAAGAAGAAAAGAGAAAACAGUUUACCAACGAGAGAGCAAACCUAAAAUAAAAACUUCACCAGAGUUUCCUAGCUGUGAUAUAGAAGUGAGAAAAGCAAGAGAAAAUUCCUCUGGAUUGAUGUUUAGUAGCUGGCAAGAGGAUGAUUCUUCAGAAGAAAGUGAUAAUGAAAUCCUGUCGCUAUCUCCAAGUAUUAAUACUGAAGACAAGAAAAAAAGCAAAGUUUUCUCUAUUGCCCAGAAAAUCAUGACUUCGGAAAAAGUGUUUGUUGACAACCUCAGACUAUUAAAUGAGGAUUUUAGAAGAGUUAUAGAAGAAGCAGGGAAAGAAUGGGGUAUGCCUCUCAUUCCAGAAGUACGGCUCAAUGAAAUUCUAAAGUAUUUUCCUCAACUGCAGAAUUUAAAUGAGAAGCUACUCAGAGAACUUGAGGAACGAAUAGAACAUUGGCCUGAGAGUGGAAGGAUAUCUGAUAUUUUUGUUACCCUUGGGCCAUUUCUGAAACUCUACACAUCAUACUUCAGAGAUUUGAAUUCUACAACAACUUUGAUUGAUGUUUGCAGAACAAAAUAUCCAGUUUUUGAUCAUGUGGUGAAGGAAUUUGAG